AAAAAAACUGUAAAGAUGCAAAAACGUAAUAUCCACGAAGAUCCUAUUACCUAGGAAGAUUUUUGAUGUUUUGCUACAAAUGCGGUGCUGGAAUUUAUUCGUUCUUGGAGUGUUCUGCGUGGCUGGCAAAGAAUAAUGUUCCAAAAUCGGUCCAUCUCCCAAGGGGUCCAAUUUUUCUUCCUGGGUGUCAGCGAGCCCUGACUCACAGUGCAGCUGACAGGGGCUGUCAUGCGAGUGGCCCCUUAAGCCAAAGCAAAAGACCUAAGGACGACCUUUGAACAAUACAAAGGAUGGGUUUCAAUGUAAUUAGGCUACUGAGCGGAUCAGCUGUAGCACUGGUUAUAGCCCCCACUGUCUUACUGACAAUGCUUUCUUCUGCCGAACGAGGAUGCCCUAAGGGCUGUAGGUGUGAAGGCAAAAUGGUAUAUUGUGAAUCUCAGAAAUUACAGGAGAUACCCUCAAGUAUAUCUGCUGGUUGCUUAGGUUUGUCCCUUCGCUAUAACAGCCUUCAAAAACUUAAGUAUAAUCAAUUUAAAGGGCUCAACCAGCUCACCUGGCUAUACCUUGACCAUAAUCAUAUCAGCAAUAUUGAUGAGAAUGCUUUUAAUGGGAUACGCAGACUCAAAGAGUUGAUUCUGAGUUCCAACAGAAUCUCCUAUUUUCUCAACAAUACCUUCAGACCUGUGACAAAUUUACGGAACUUGGAUCUGUCCUAUAAUCAGCUGCAUUCUCUGGGAUCUGAACAGUUUCGGGGCUUGCGGAAGCUGCUGAGUUUACAUUUACGGUCUAACUCCCUGAGAACCAUCCCUGUGCGAAUAUUCCAAGACUGCCGCAAUCUGGAACUUUUGGACCUGGGAUAUAACCGGAUCCGAAGUUUAGCCAGGAAUGUCUUUGCUGGCAUGAUCAGACUCAAAGAACUUCACCUGGAGCACAAUCAAUUUUCUAAGCUCAACCUGGCCCUUUUUCCAAGGUUGGUGAGCCUUCAGAACCUUUACUUGCAGUGGAAUAAAAUCAGUGUCAUAGGACAGACCAUGUCCUGGACCUGGAGCUCAUUACAAAGGCUUGAUUUAUCAGGCAAUGAAAUUGAAGCUUUUAGUGGACCUAGUGUUUUCCAGUGUGUCCCAAACCUGCAGCGCCUCAACCUGGAUUCCAAUAAGCUUACAUUUAUUGGUCAAGAGAUUUUGGAUUCUUGGAUAUCUCUCAAUGACAUCAGUCUUGCCGGGAAUAUAUGGGAAUGCAGCAGAAAUAUUUGUUCCCUGGUAAACUGGCUGAAAAGUUUUAAAGGUCUGAGGGAGAAUACAAUUAUCUGUGCCAGUCCCAAAGAGCUGCAAGGAGUAAAUGUGAUCGAUGCGGUGAAGAACUACAGCAUCUGUGGCAAAAGUACCACGGAGAGGUUUGAUCUGGCCAGGGCUCUCCCCAAGCCAACAUUUAAGCCUAAGCUCCCCAGGCCGAAGCAUGAGAGCAAGCCCCCUCUGCCCCCCACGGUGGGAGCCACGGAGCCCGGCCCAGAGACCGAUGCUGACACCGAGCACAUCUCUUUCCAUAAGAUCAUCGCAGGGAGCGUGGCCCUUUUCCUGUCCGUGCUCGUCAUCCUGCUCGUUAUCUACGUGUCAUGGAAGCGGUACCCGGCUAGCAUGAAGCAGCUGCAGCAGCGCUCCCUCAUGCGAAGGCACAGGAAAAAGAAAAGACAGUCCCUAAAGCAAAUGACUCCCAGCACCCAGGAAUUUUAUGUAGAUUAUAAACCCACCAACACGGAGACCAGCGAGAUGCUGCUGAAUGGGACGGGACCCUGCACCUAUAACAAAUCAGGCUCCAGGGAGUGUGAGAUACCUUUAUCAAUGAAUGUGUCAACCUUUCUGGCAUACGACCAGCCCACAAUAAGUUACUGUGGGGUGCAUCAUGAACUUCUCUCUCAUAAGUCCUUUGAAACGAAUGCACAGGAAGAUACGAUGGAAACACACCUAGAGACUGAGCUGGACCUGAGCACAAUCACAACUGCUGGCCAAAUCAGUGACCACAAAGAGCAGCUGACUUAACUGAGCUAAUCAGUAGCCAAGGGAUGCUGCCAAACUUUGUAACCUCAAGGACAAAAUGAGGAGGAUUUGUUCAUUGUGGACUCUAAAAGCAAAACACAACAAAAAUCCCCUGUUAAACAAAAAUCCAAGAUUUAUUCAUGAAAUAAAGAAGACAUGAAUUGUUUCAAGUCUACACUUUGUAAUUAGCUAAGUUGUGCAGUAUUUUUUUGACUUAAACAGAGUAUGACCCUGAAAAAAAGAAAAAGAAUCUUUUUUUUUCAAAACUCAUCCUACCUACCUGUGAAAACUGUACAGAGCUAAUGUAUUUUUCAUAUUGUAAAGUUUCAAUUAUAGAAACAACUGGUAUGUACAGUACCAUAAUUUAAUUACAUUUUACUUUACAAACUUUACACAUUUCAGUUUCUAAAAUUUUAAAUUAACAAAAAAAUAUUUCUUGUGUUAUUCAGAGUUACUCAGUUUUGUAGGGACUGUUUUGUUACUGCUUUUGUGCCCAGAAACCUUGACUCUAAAAUUCUGUGCUGUGCGAAACAUGCACGAUUUUUAUCAUGCUUACUGCGUAGAAUUUUAUCUACUUGUUCCAGAAAUAAUACAUUAACCAAAAAGGAUUUAAUUGUUGAGACUUGUAAGAAGUUCUUCAAUUACAUAGGCAGGUUUUUCUUAUAAAUGAAAAAAAAUCAAAGAUUUUUUUUUAACACUUCUUCUCAGACUUAACUGUUGCCUUGAAUUACAGCCUAGUUUCUAAGCAGUGAAAUGUAAUGAUAAAGAGGGAUAUUUUAACAACGUAUUUCUGAAUGAAUUGACUCAUUAUUUCAUUCUUUUGAGUAACGCAUUGUUAAGGGUAGGGGGAAGCAUGGACAAAACAUCACUGGAAACAAAGGCCGUAACCACAGCAACAGACUUUGAUACACUUAAAAGGUGCAGCUGCCAGUGACAAAGAAAAACUUGUUACAUCUCAUUAUUUUCAGGCCAAGGUGGGAAGGAUAGAGCAUAAUAAUUGUACAGUAGCAGAUUUUCUCCUAAUUAACCUAAAGUGGUUUGCCUAAAAAUAACCAUCGGUCAAGUACAAAAUGUGCCUGGUUUUUAAGACUUUUCAUUUAGAAUUGCGAGGCUAUAUUUUGGGGAACAUCUCAAAGGAAUUACAUGAAAUUUUUCACUUUGUGUGCUACAUCAAUUCUCUCCUGGGGAAGAAGUCUAAACAUUGAUAGCUCAUUCAAUAUAGAUAUCAGCCAUAGUGGAGAACUUUAUAACUCAAGUAAACUGUAAACAUCCUUAAUAUGUUCUAAAUUGUUUAUAUUGCCAUCCAUAAUGAGAUUCACCUCUAAAUUAUCUGGAAAAUAACCCAGAGUAAUGUGAAGCCACCCCAGAUCAUAUAUUGAUUAUGUAAUUGUAUUAUAAAGUAAAUUUAAAUGAAAUUAUGAAAACCUAACUUUUCAGAGGCUAAAUAAUCAACUUGUUUCUGCUGUUUGCUUGACACAGGUUAUUGUUUGAAAUUGCUGUUAUUUUAUCUCUGGUAUUCACACAUUCUUUUGUGUGUUUUUUAAUAUAAAACUACAAGUUUUGAUUGCUGUUGCACUAAGAGAAACGCUUUUUUUUAAUGUUGUCAUUUUGUAUUCAUAACAUCAAAAAUAGGUUGAGCAAAUGUCAAUCCAACAAGGGUCAAACACAAUCAAAAACAAUGAAGAAAAGAAUUUGUCAAAAACAACAUCAAACUUUUAAUUUAUUUCUUCCAAAGAAAUUACAUCUACAAAAGUCUAGUCUUAUGCCGAUUUAUCAUGGCAAACUGAAGAGCAGCUUAAAGAAGAAUGAACUUAGAAAAUGUACAGCAAAUUUUUGUUAAAAAGAUACACUCAGAAAAAUAAACGAAAAUAUUGGAAGAA